AUGGAUUUAUCCAUGGAGCAGAUAGAAUUUCAUCGAGAAUUUUGGUUUAAUGGUACGGAAGAUGAAAGAGAACAGUUGGGAUCGGAAUAUCGAGCUAAGAUGGAAAUAACAGAUGUGCUACCACCGCCCAAUCACGAGAAUCUUCAGGUAUUGGUAAUGGCUGGCAUUUACAUGUUGCUAUUUCUUCUUGGUACCUCCGGUAAUGUUGCAGUUCUUACUACCAUUUACCAUGUGGCACGAUCAAAUCGAGGAUCAUUGGAUAAUACUCUUGUCUAUGUAAUUGUUUUAUCAUGCGUUGAUUUUGGUGUUUGUAUGUCACUACCUUUUACCGUAAUUGAUCAGAUCCUUGGAUUUUGGAUGUUUGGUACAGUAAUAUGCAAAUUGCAUGCAUUGUUGGAGAAUUUCGGUAAAAUCCUUUCAUCACUAAUUAUCACAGCGAUGUCCAUUGAUCGUUACAUUAGCGUCUGCCAUUCACAACAGAAAUGGCUUAGAUCUAGGCGUUUGGCUAUUACUAUUCUUACUGGUUUAGCACUUUAUGCUAUGAUUACUCUAUGUCCAUUUUUAUGGAGUUUCAAAGCUCGAGAAUUGGUACUAUUUGAGAAGAAAACAGCACCUUUGAAAUUGACACGUAUGACAAUAGAAAAAUGUACAAUGGUCAACAUUUCAUCAUUUAUAUUUACAAUCUUCACUAUAUAUCUAUUCAUAUUUUGUUAUUGUUUACCACUAUCAUUAGUCGCUUUUUUCUAUGCUAAACUGUUAAAACGAUUGCGACAACAUGCACGACAAUUUAAGUCUUCACGUAUUCCAAUGAUGCGAAUCUCUCUUUAUACCUUAGCUCUCGCAUGUUUUUAUUUUUUAUGCUGGACACCAUUUUGGUUAGCAACUGUUUAUGCUGUUUAUUUGGAAUAUGCCGGUGAUAAGAAUGGUACACUGAAUGGACAGUUGCAAGCACGCACAUUAUCAAAUAAUUUCAACAGUUUAACAAAUUUGGCAGAAGCACCUAAAAUGGGUGUUAUCAUGUUGAUCACUUUGUUGUUGAUUGUUUACUGUUUGGCGGAAUCGGCUGCUUACUUCAUACACAUUGAUGCGAAUGAGGAGCAGUGCUUCUUCGAUCGAGUGACGGCUGGUACUAAGAUGGGUGUGAUGUUUGAAGUUGCUGAAGGCGGAUUUUUGGAUAUCGAUGUGAAGAUUAUCGGUCCUGACAAUAAAGAAAUCUAUAGGGGAGAGCGAGAAAGUUCGGGUAAAUAUACCUUUGCUGCACAUAUGGAUGGACCAUAUACUUAUUGUUUUGGAAAUCAAAUGUCAACAAUGACUCCAAAAGUGGUCAUGUUUUCGAUGGAAAUUGCACAACCUGGACAGCCGAUACCAUCGCAAGCAGGACAAGGCGCCAAUGAUUCCUCAGCGGAUAGCCUUAAACUGGAAGAAAUGGUACGAGAACUAUCUUCCGCACUGACAUCUGUCAAGCAUGAACAAGAAUAUAUGGAAGUACGGGAGCGUGUACAUAGGUCAAUAAAUGAGAACACAAAUUCAAGAGUGGUUCUGUGGGCUAUCUUCGAAGCUGUGGUACUUGCCUCAAUGACUGUUGGACAAAUAUUCUAUCUAAAGCGAUUUUUUGAAGUUCGUCGAGUUGUAUGA